GCCUCUGGCCCCUUCCCCAGCCUCAGUUUGUAGCUGCCCCUGGCAGGAAAGUCGUCCCUGUUCCCACACCAAGCUGUGAGACUUCAAAGGCCAAAGCCAUGCAAGGUCUCAGGGCCCUGUUCUUGCUGCUGACUGCCUGCCUUGCUUCGAGAGCUGACCAAGCGUCAACACUACCAGACAUUCAGGUUCAGGAGAACUUCAGCGAGUCCCAGAUCUAUGGAAAAUGGUACAACCUGGCGGUGGGCUCUACCUGCCCGUGGCUGAGGCGGAUUAAGAACAAGAUGAGCGUGAGCACAUUGGUGCUGCAGGAGGGGGCGACAGAAGCUGAGAUCAGCAUGACCAGUACUCGAUGGCGGAGAGGUGUCUGCGAGGAGAUCUCUGGGGUGUAUCAGAAGACAGACAUCGAUGGAAAGUUCCUUUACCACAAAUCCAAAUGGAACAUAACCUUGGAAUCCUAUGUGGUCCACACCAACUAUGACGAAUAUGCCAUUUUCCUUACCAAGAAGUUCAGCCACCACCAUGGACCCACCAUCACUGCCAAGCUCUAUGGCCGGGAGCCACAGCUGAGGGACAGCCUUCUGCAGGAGUUCAGGGAGGUGGCCCUGAGUGUGGGCAUCCCUGAGGACUCCAUCAUUUUUAUGGCUGACAAAGGGGAAUGUGUCCCUGGGGAUCGGGAAGUAGAGCCCACUUCAUUUGUGAGAGCCCGGCGGGCAGUGAUGCCCCAAGAAAAUGAAGGGUCAGGGACUGAGCCACUAGUGACUGGUACCCUCAAGAAAGAAGACUCCUGCCAGCUCAACUACUCAGAAGGCCCCUGCCUAGGGAUGCAAGAGAGAUAUUACUACAAUGGUGCUUCCAUGGCCUGUGAGACCUUCCAAUAUGGCGGCUGCCUAGGCAAUGGCAACAACUUCGUCUCUGAGAAGGAAUGUCUGCAGACGUGCCGGACCAUAGCGGCCUGCAAUCUCCCCAUAGUCCAAGGCCCCUGCCGAGCCUUCAUAGAGCUCUGGGCAUUUGAUGCAGCACAAGGGAAGUGCAUCCAAUUCAACUACGGAGGCUGCAAAGGCAACGGCAACAAGUUCUACUCUGAGAAGGAGUGCAAGGAGUACUGUGGUGUCCCUGGUGAUGGGUACGAGGAGUUGAUGCGCAGUUGAAGGUGCCAGUCUGCAAGCCAGAGGUAGCCACUGUCGGUCACAGUGCAGUCCGGCGUAGAUGAUCUGGACCCAAAUAAAACAAGCUGUUAUUUUCUAGCA